AUGUCCCAACCAUUAUUUGAUGCUUUGGUUAAUGGAUACAACCAAGAAGAAAAGAACAAUUUUUCUCAUCAGCAGACGCCAUUCUAUCCCUGUGUCUACACCGCGCAAUAUCCAAAAGAGCCUCCGGCCUCUGGAAUUCUAAUCGACGAAAAGCUAAAGAGCUUCGAUGCAGACUUUAUUGAACUGGGCGGCAAGCUCCGCCAUGAAAGAAAGAUGAAGAUCGUAAAAUGGUACACUCAGCACUGGAAGGAUGCUCGCUCUUUCGAGUAUCCGCUACUCUUUGCUGUUCCCCUUGACCUGGAAAUGUUAAGCAAAGAAGAUCGGAGCGUGGCUCCUUCAAGGACAUCCGAAAGUCCCGAGCUAGCAAAUAAUGAAAGCUAUCCCGAAGGAGGUCUCAGAGCAUGGCUGGUAGUUUUCGGGGCGUGGUGUGCUAUGAUCCCAUCUAUGGGCCUGUUGAAUAGCCUGGGGAUCCUGCAUGCCUGGACUAGCACUCAUCAGCUUCAGGGCUACUCCGAAUCAAGCAUUGGCUGGAUAUAUGGUGCUUAUGGAUUCUUCCUUUACUUUGCCGGAGCACAAGCUGGGCCGAUAUUUGAUGCAUAUGGACCAGCAUAUGUCAUUAUUCCUGGGUCAAUUGGGAUGGUGGCUGCGCUGAUAUGCUUUAGUUGUAGUGAAGAAUAUUACCAGAUUUUCUUAUCCUUUAGUGUCCUCGGAGGAAUCUCAGCCUGCACACUGUUCACACCGGCAGUUUCAUGCGUCGGACACUGGUUCAACGUUCGCCGCGGCUAUGCAACAGGCAUCGCCUGCACAGCCGGCGGACUGGGCGGCGUGAUAUUCCCCCUGAUAGUACUGUUCGCAGCCCCCAAAAUCGGGUUCCCAUGGGCCAUCCGCAUCAUCGCCCUGCUAUGCGCCGUCCUCUGCACACUAGCCUGUCUCCUCAUGAAAACACGCCUCCCGCGCAACAAAACAGCAGGAGGAGGCUCCAUCGAUUUCAAAGCCCUCAAAGACAUCAAAUACGCCACCACAACCGCCGCCGUCUUCCUGGUCGAGUUCGCCGUCUUCAUCCCAAUCACCUACAUCGCCUCAUACGCAGUCCACGUCGGAGUAGACAACACCAUGUCCUACGCGCAAAUCAUCUUCCUCAACCUCGGCGCCAUUCCAGGCCGCUUCCUCCCCGGCCUCAUCGCCGACCGACUAGGCCGCUUCAACGUCAUGGUUCUCACAUCGCUCCUAUGCGCAGUACUCACCCUCGCCCUCUGGCUGACAGCAGCAGACAACCUAGCCGCGAUCAUCUGCUACGCAGUGCUUUUUGGCUUCUGGAGCGGAGCGGCCAUCAGUCUCACGCCCGUGUGCAUCUCACAGGUCUGCGCGACAGAAGACUACGGGAAGAGGAACGGAACGACCUUCACGAUCGUUAGUGUGGGCACGCUCACUGGGAUUCCGAUUGCGGGCGCAUACAACAGCACAAUGCAGGGGAUUACUGGGGGCUUAUCGUGUUCGGGGGCGUGCUUUAUCUGGCGGCUACUGUUGCUUUUGCUGUUGCGAGGGGCGUUUGUGCGGGGUGGGCUUUGA